CUGACUUCCCAUACCGUCUCCUGCAUGUUCUCGCUCAGUCAGGCUCAAAAUCUUCAGCGCGCAGCUUCAGGGAAAGUUUGUAAACACGAUGACAAGAAACCACCACAAUGAACAAACCGACUGUUCCUCCUCUGCUGACAGCAGCCUACACGGCGGAGAGAACUGAACAGCAGGACACCAUCUCAGAAAAGCGAGCUACGACAAAAGAACUGGACCGAACCCGGACUAGAAUAAACAUCGGAGGGGCUUUUCCGAGGUGGAGGAAGCUACGGGACCUGAAAGGAUUCAAAACCGAUGCCGAGACAGCGACAUUCCUGCUGGACAGAUAUCAGGUAAAUUCUUUGACUGCAGCAUUGACACCAGACAAACCUAAGAGAGAUGAUGAGGGUAGAGGUUUAAGUGAUGUGAACGAAGUUGCGGUUGAAGUUUUAGAUACAAGUCUGUCAUCACCAGACAUGCAUGUUGACACUGGUAAAGAUGACGUCAAUCAUAUUCAACACCCAGAAAUUGAGUGGGCAGAGGACAAGACAUGGGCUCCAGUUGAGGACUUAGAGAAUAUUUCAACCUCGGAGGAAGAGGAAACAACAGAAGAGGAUGGUUGCAGGGAUGACAGCGAUGAUGAAGACUACAUCCCCCCUUCAUGUGUUCGAACUGGUAGUGCUAUUAAAACCAAAAUAGGUGCUCUUCAGUCCAUCGGCAAUGAUGAAACUGUGCAUGACGCUGUAGAUGCAGAGCUGAACGAGCAAAUACCAGAGACAGGAAAAAGUACAGAAGUCCAGAAAAACAUGCCUCACAAUCAGCUUGGGAACCAGGAAGAUAAUCUGGCUGAGAACCACCACCAGCACCUGAACAAAAGACACCAUGGAGAACACAGCCCUGAAACACAACACAGCACUUCCCCAUCUGAGGAGCCAAAACACUCCCAGGGUUUUCACAGGCCGCACAAGACCUACAAAUGUCCAACAUGUGGAAGAGUGUUUCCUCGCAACCAAGCCCUGAAACGACACCUUGUGAUUCACUCAGGAAAAAGACCUUUCAAAUGCUUCAUAUGUGGGAGAGGAUUCACCCAGAGUGGAAACCUUAAAACACACAUGAAAGUUCACAGAGGAGAGCUAACAAACUGGACAUUAGUGACAGAGAAAAGCCCGGUUAAAGAAUCUCCUGUAACAGUUCAUUUGUGUGGAGAGUGUGGAAUGGACUUCCCUGAGAAGCAUCUGCUAGAGGAACACCGGGGGAGUCACAAGAAGCCUUAUGCAUGUCCUGACUGUGACAAGACAUUCAAAAACGAAUCUUAUUUUAAAAUUCAUCAACGUGUCCACUCAGGAGAAACUCCUUACAUCUGCUCAGAGUGUGGAAAGAGUUGUGUCACAGCAGUUUUGCUCAAAAAACACGAACUAACCCACAGCGGAGAAAAGAAUUUUCACUGUGGUCGGUGCUGGAGAGCGUUUUCACAAUCCUCUCACCUGAAAAUGCACCUCAAGACGCACACAGGAGAGCGUCCUCAUCUGUGCUCAAUCUGUGGUAAAAGUUACUCCAGAGCACACACGCUGAAAGUUCAUCUGCGAGUUCACACUGGAGAGAAACCGUACUCUUGUGAGAAAUGUGGGAAAUGUUUUUUUUACUCUCAAAAUUAUCAAGUGCAUUUGAAGACUCAUGACAAGAAGCUCACGCCUCCACCAAAAUCUACAGGGAGACCAAAACAGCAGCAGUUAGUUAGUUAAUAAUCAGUAAUGUCAUCUAGAAGUUUUAAGGCAGUCUGAAAAGAUGUAAAGUAAAUUUAUUUUGGUUUACACAUUGAUUAUGAUGUGAGAUAAAAUAACUCUUAAAUGACUCAAGAGAUGGGACAAGCAAUAGGAUGUUAAUCACGUGAUAUGUUGUGUACAGUCAGCUCCACUGUUAUGCAUUUUAGGCUAGAGUAUUUAAGUGAAUAAAUCACAAUAAUUGUG